AUGUUUUCUACAAAAGACAUCUUUUUAAAGUUAGCGGUAGUUUUCAGGCUUUUGGGGAGUACUUUAACUUUACUCGCGGAACUGUCCGACUUUGGUGCUGUUUUAUUGGAUCCGCCUGGACGUGGGUCUCUAUGGAGACACAACAUCUCUGGGGCACCUGUUAAUUUCCUAGAUCAUCAACUGAACUGUGGAGGGGUGAAGACUCAAUGGAAAAAUAACAAUGGAAAAUGUGGAUUAUGUGGAGAUCCGUGGAGUGAUCCACGUGACCACGAACUUGGAGGAAAAUAUUUCACUAAUCACAUAUCAUCUUCAUAUAAAAGAAAUUCUGUAAUAGACUUAACAGUUAAUAUGAACAAAAAUUCUUUAGGAUGGAUGGAGUUUAGAAUUCAUCCAUAUAAUAAAGACAUUGCACAAGAAGAUUUAAAUAGUUAUUUACUUGAAAUUGGUGGUACUCGAACAACACGAUACCGAGUGAAUAGAUCGGGAUAUCACGUGAUACCCGUGAAACUGCCGGAAAAUUUGGAAUGUGAUCGAUGUUUACUUCAAUGGAAAUAUCAUACAGGUUCUCUGUGGGGUUGUGCAGAGAGUAAUCGGACGGAAUGUUGCUAUGGCUGCGGGCAGGAACAGGAAGAGUUCUACAAUUGCGCAGACGUAUCUGUCACACCGGCUACGGGAAAGAAAGAUGAACAAUUCAAGAAACGACAGCAGUACGAAGAACUAAAGUUCAGAAGGUAUCAGAGAAUUCCAUCAGCAUCCAGGAGUGCUUACCUGAGAUGGUGGUGUCUGACUCAGUGUGAAGGGGAGGAGUGUAGUACAGCACCGUGCUCUAGAAUUUCCCGACAGCGCAGAUCUACUAGUAAUUGUUUCGCUGCUGGAGCGUGGAGAGGGUUACCCAACAUGAACACAUGGUGUCAGAACAACUGUGGCAUUGGUUACUGUCCCGCCUCUCACUGCCAGUGUCAAGAUCUGAUCCCCGCUACAGUUACAACCAGCAGAACUACGCCCCCAACGACACCAGCUUCAACAACAACGUUAGCGACUGACCUCACAUCGACGCAUGCGCAUACCACAACAACCAAUAUGUCACAUGAUGAAAAUGCCCCUGGUAUCGUUCGUGUGCUCGUCAGCAAAGGUUGUGAAUACUGCAGGGAGAGAAAGGAAGGAAACUGUGCUGAUCUUUACUGUCCCGGAUACAACGCCGUAAACGUAGAAAUCACAGGAACGUUGACCCAGAAAAUAAGAGAUCUUUCUAGUUAUUUCUGUACAACCUGCGACAGCAACGAUUCUAUAUGUCAGAAGUUGUUCUGUUCUUCUGAGAAUAUGAUGAUAAGUCUCGGACUUCACACAAAAUGUCGGAUAUGUCAACUAACCGGAAGUUGUCAAGAAUAUCCAGAGUGUGAUCAGAUCAACCGAGUAGACACCACCUCUAGUACUGUCACCACACGGCUCACCACCACAACUGUACCCACGAAGAGGAAAUGCCUUGCCAUUAAUUAUUACGCCCAGAUUAUUGGGAUGAAUCAGUGGUGCGAGGAUAACUGCGGAUCAUCAACUGAUGGCAGCUGUUACCCGGAUGUUUGUCGAUGUUCAGAUCCCUCCAUGCCGCUGAUUCAGAAGUUGGACACAGGCGACAUCACUACCUGCAAGGCCAUAGGCGUAGUGGCCAAUAUUCCAGGAAUGGACAAAUGGUGCAUGGACAACUGCCCUAAUAACUGUCCAGAGACGUAUUGUUCAUGUUCUGUACAACCUGUUACACAAGCAACCACAACCACAACAGAAAAAACUACAACAUCCUCAACCACAACAGAAAAGACAACAUCCCCUACCACAACAGAAAAGACAACAACAUCCUCAACCAUAGGUCCUCUAACGGCGUCUUCUGAGACAACAAUGAGGACAACUACCUUGGCAGAUAUUGUUUCCGGGACAACAACAGUAGCAGGUGUUACUACACUCCCUCCAGAAACGACUGCAACUUCUAAAGGUGUUGACUACUACUCUAUAAACGCCAUGAAUGGCAUUCUGUGUAACAUAUGUCGGAGCGACCCCACCCACUACAGAAGUUGUUCGGACUUCUUCUGUGCGAGAUUCGAUGAAAAUGUUGGUGAACCUCAGGAUAGACUUGAACGAGCACUGAGCUACUCACCAGAACUUUUCUGUGGUAUCAAGAACAAAGACGCCAUAUUCUGUGAGCCCGCCCCUAUGAUCCGCCCCUUUAUACAGAGCUGCAUGUGUUCUGUUUGUAUUUCCCUGACUCCGGACCAGAACUGUCACACUUACUGUAGAAGUUCUUGAAUGACGAGAAUACUUAAAGAAUCGGUUACAGAUCAAGAGAAAUCCAAAUUGAGAAAACUGUUUUACGGGUACAUUCAACCAGUAUUACUGUAUGUGGGCUUCCAGUGUGAAAUUGAUUUAUUAUAGAUAGGUAUUGUUCUUCGUCUGGAAAAUAAAAAUGAUAGUUUUAUAUAAAACUUACCAUGGGACAAACACUUACAGAUGAAUGUACUAAAUCAAAAUUGCAUGAUGCAGAUAUAUUACAAUUUUAUCAUUCUUUGUACAGUAUUUGUUUGAUGAAUAAAAACGUCACAGAUGAAAUU